AAACAGCCAUUCCAAACAGCGCAGCCGUUGCUAACGAUGCGAUGUCCCGUCUUACGGAUGAAUCUUGGGUGUAGGGGCUUCAGGGGUGCCGCGGUCACCAAAAACAAGGAAACUGGAGCCAUGGGUUUCCUCUUCAGCCUCGGAUGAGCCGAAAUAAGCUGGACCCACGCGAGCCCAGCGAGCUGCCCCGGCCUGCGGGGGUCGCUCCCCUGUCCCCGACACCCUCUCCAGUCAUGGCGGGCUUCAAGCGGGGAUACGAUGGCAAAAUCGCCGGCCUGUACGACCUGGACAAGACGCUGGGGCGGGGCCACUUCGCCGUGGUCAAGCUGGCGCGGCACGUUUUCACCGGGGAGAAGGUGGCGGUGAAGGUCAUCGACAAGACCAAGCUGGACACAGUGGCAACGGGCCACCUCUUCCAGGAGGUGCGCUGCAUGAAGCUGGUACAGCACCCCAACAUCGUGCGCCUGUACGAAGUGAUAGACACUCAGACGAAGCUGUACCUCAUCUUGGAGCUGGGAGACGGGGGAGAUAUGUUCGACUACAUCAUGAAACAUGAGGAGGGCCUGAAUGAGGAGCUGGCCAAGAAGUACUUUGCCCAGAUCGUCCACGCCAUCUCCUACUGCCACCGACUACACGUGGUGCACAGGGACCUGAAGCCUGAGAACGUGGUGUUCUUCGAGAAACAAGGACUGGUGAAACUCACCGACUUUGGCUUCAGCAACAAGUUUCAGCCGGGGAAGAAGCUGACCACCAGCUGUGGCUCUCUGGCAUACUCGGCUCCGGAAAUCCUCCUUGGCGACGAGUACGACGCUCCAGCCGUAGACAUCUGGAGCCUCGGCGUGAUCCUGUUCAUGUUGGUUUGCGGCCAGCCGCCUUUCCAGGAAGCAAACGACAGCGAGACUCUCACCAUGAUCAUGGACUGUAAAUACACUGUACCGGCCCACGUCUCCAGCGCCUGCAGAGAUCUGAUAGACCGCAUGCUGCAGAGGGACCCCAAGCGCCGAGCCUCACUGGAGGAGAUUGAGAGCCACACCUGGCUGCAGGGGGUGGACCCCUCGCCGGCCACCAAGUACAGCACUCCUCUGGUCUCCCACAAGAACCUGUCAGAGGAGGAGCACAACAGCAUCAUCCAGCGCAUGGUGCUGGGAGACAUCGCUGACCGGGAGGCUAUAGUGGAAGCCCUGGAGACCAACAAAUACAACCACAUUACAGCAACAUACUACCUGUUAGCAGAGCGGAUCCUGAGGGAGAAGCAGGAGGAGGUCCAGACCCGCUCCUCCAGCCCCAGCAACAUCAAGGCACACUUCAGGCAGUCCUGGCCGACCAGAAUGGACAUGCAUCAGGACAUAGAGGACUCUCUGGCUUCCUCGUCCAUCUCUCACACCGGGGGCCCCCAGACCCCUGCCCGCAGUGCAGAGAACCUGCUGAACGGACACCGCUCCAAAGGCAUGAUGGAACUGGGCCGGCGGGAGGAGGCCACGGUCACCGACUCAGCUCAGGGAGCCUGUGCAGCAGCAGCUUCUGGCCCUGCUGCUGCUGGGACCCUCAGAUCUGCAGGUCCCUCCACAUCAGCAGCCAAGCAGAGGAUCUGUCUGUUCAGGGUGGAGGAAGAUGAAGAAGAGGAGGAAGAGCAGGACCCGUCGCCCCUGCCGACCCAGGUGAUCCUGCGGCGGAAACCUCCUUCCAUCACCAACCGCCUCACCUCCAGGAAGAGCGCCCCGGUGCUCAACCAGAUCUUUGAGGAGGAGGGAGAAUCAGACGACGACUUUGAGAUGGACGAGGGUCUGCCGCCCAAACUCAGCCGGCUCAAGAUGAACAUCGCUGGCGGGGCUGGGGGCGUGGGCUCCGGGACUGCCUCGGCCGCGUCCCCCGGCCCCACGCAGAAACGCUACCACAGGCGCAAGAGCCAGGGUCGAGGGUCGUCCUGCUCCAGCUCGGAGACCAGCGACGACGACUCAGAGAGCCACAGGAGGCGACUGGACAAGGACUCUGGUUUCACCUACAGCUGGAACCGGAGGGACAGCAGCGAGGGGCCCCCCGGCAGCGAAGGGGGUACUGGGGGGGGCAGCAGUUCCGGCCAGGGGAAGCCCCCCUCGGAGGGUGGCGGCUCCUCUGGCCCCGACAGAGGCAGCCCCCCUGGUAACGGGGAGAGGGAAGGUGGCGGUGGUGGAGGGGGUGGCGGGGGUGCCGGAGGGGGCCACCAGGGACAGGAUCGAACCUCCAGCUGCUGCAGCAGCUCCACCAAGCCGGCCCUCAGCAUGGCGAGCCGGCCCUCCCGCACGGCGAGCCGUGGCGCCGAGCUGGUGGAGAGUCUGAAGCUGAUGAGCCUCUGCCUCAGUUCGCAGCUGCAGCAGCGCAGCGGGCGGGGGGGCCGAGCAGGAGGCGGGGCCAAGGUCAUCCUGGAACCCCGGGGCGUCAAGGAGAAACCAACGUGGAGGAUCUGCAUCAGCUCCACUGACAGCCUGGACUCCAUUGGCCUCCCCACCGCCGGCCUGCCCCGUUCCCACGCCGUGCUGCACCUCCGCCAGAAGGGGGCGCCGCCCGGCAGCAGGGACGCUCAUAGCAACCUGCACUGCCUGAAAAACGGCGUGCUGCAACUACCUCUGUGUGAGAAGAGCAUCUCUGUUAACAUCCAGCGCGGCUCCAGAGACGCUCUGCUGUGUACCUCAGCUCCAGCCAGUUGCUGCCAGGUCAUCUGAGGCCCCGCCCCCUCACCUGCUCCACCCAGCUCCUCUGUUUUAAACGCCUGUUUUUAGCCACUUGCUUAUACUAUUUUCACUUGUUUUUGUUUUGUUUUAUUUUAACCAACUGCACUUUACUGUUCUUCAACUGAAUGUCAGAAUUGAGUCCAAUUUGAUAAAGAAGUGAAACCACUAUA